AUGGGUCAUCCUGCCAGUCUCUUCUUCCUCCUAUUUGCAACUGCGGCGCACUUUCUCUCCAUGGCACAGGGCUUGGACUAUCCGACAGCCAACCUCUCAACACAGUGGAUCAACAACGACGCCUCCCUCCCACACAGCGUUCACUAUGAUGUAGGUUAUGUCUUGCGCCCCGUUCUCCUCUGUUUGCAAAGUACCAACUAUGGCCAGUCCUUUGCCACAGGGUUCUUCUGUGCCCCACCUUGCGACAUGUUCUACUUUGGCGUGUUCAUUGUCCAAACUGACACUGGUGACAAUAUCGUUGAAGGGAAACCACAGGUGGUCUGGUCUGCCAACCGGGCUCAUCCUCUUAGGGAGAAUGCCACCGUUGAGCUAACUUCAGAUGGAGAAUUGGUCCUUCGUGAUGCUGAUGGUAGCCUGGUCUGGUCAACCGGUACCUCGGGGCAGAUGGUAGCUCGCAUGGUGAUCACCAACAUCGGCAAUCUGGUGCUAUUUGAUCCCAUCAAUGCAACAGUAUGGCAGUCAUUUGAUCAUCCUACUGAUGCAUUGGUCCCUGGACAGUCACUUGUGGAAGGCAUGAGGCUCACAGCAAGUACCUCUGAUACAGAUUGGACUGAGACUCAGCUAUAUGCCGCUGUACACCCCGAUGGUUUCUAUGCUUACAUUGCAUCCGCACCACCACAACAGUACUAUGCGAUGACGCCAAGCGAAGAAAAGACAGGAAAUUAUACAACAAAGGUUACAUUCAUGAAUGGCAGCCUUAGCAUCUUUCUCCAGCCAGAAAAUCCAGAUUCUAAUAGCAUCUCAUUGCCAACACCUAAGUACAGCGGCCAGCACAUGAGACUAAUGUCUGAUGGCCACCUGAGAAUGUAUGAAUGGAUUAUUGAAGAUGAUGUGUGGCAUGCUGUGUAUGAUGUAAUGCAGCCAGACAAUGGUGACUGUGCUUUCCCAACUGUGUGCGGGGAGUACGAACUAUGCACCGGCACCGACAGGAAGUGCACCUGUCCCCUUCGGGAUAAUAAUAGCUCAAGCUACUUCAAGCCGAUUGAUGAGGAAAGUCUUGGUUGCACACCCCUGACCCCAAUCUCUUGUCAAGAAAUGCAACGCCAUCAGCUCUUAACCCUCAACGAAGUUUCUUACUUCGAUAUAAGCCACCUCGUUGGGAAUGUAACCACCCCAGACGACUGUAAACAAGCCUGCUUGAAAAACUGCUCCUGCAGGGCCGUCAGCUUCAGACAGUACUUGCACCAGACUGAAAACGAAGGUUAUUGCUGGUGGGUGACCAAGGUCUUCUCCUUGCAAUCAAUAAAACAUGAACUCCUUGAUUACAACAACUCUGUUUUCAUCAAGGUGCAGCUUAGCCCUUCCAACUCAGCUGCUGCUUCUGCUCCUUUGGCAAACAACAGCAAAAAGGUCAUUUUAGGCACUAUUAUUAUUACUGUAUUACUUGCUAUAGCUGUCACACUUUAUCUAGAGAGGAGGAGAGCGCAUGCCAAGAAAGAUGAAGAAUUCAAUUUUGAUCAAUUUGCUAGAAUGCCAACCAGGUUUCCUUUUCAGAAGUUGACAGAAUGCACUGAAGGGUUCAAUAAAAAGCUUGGAGAAGGUGGAUUUGGAUCUGUUUAUGAAGGGAAAUUAGGUGAGGAGAGAGUUGCCGUGAAACGUUUGGAAGGUGCUAGACAAGGAAUGAAAGAAUUCUUCGCGGAGGUGGAGACUAUUGGAAGCAUCGAACACAUCAAUCUUGUCAGGCUGAUUGGCUUUUGUGCAGAGAAAUCUCAGAGGCUUCUAGUAUACGAAUAUAUGCCGAGAGGGUCACUUGAUAGGUGGAUCCAUUACCACCACAACAACGCACCACUCGAUUGGCGCACGCGUUGUAGAAUCAUUCUGGAUAUUGCCAAAGGCCUGAGCUAUCUUCAUGAGGGGUGCAGGAGAAAGAUAGUUCAUUUGGACAUCAAACCACAAAAUAUUCUCCUAGAUGAGAACUUCAAUGCUAAAGUGGCUGAUUUUGGACUAUCUAAGCUAAUAGACAGGGAUCAAAGCAAGGUAAUGACAGAGAUCAGAGGCACACCUGGGUAUCUGGCACCUGAAUGGUUAACCUUGCAAAUCACUGAAAAAGUUGAUGUCUACAGCUUUGGAGUUGUUGUCAUGGAGCUAGUGAGUGGGAGAAAAAAUAUUGAUAAUUCUCUGCAUGAGGAUAGUUCUAACCUCAUCAGUCUGUUACGAGGAAAGGGUCGAGAUAAUCAAUUGAGUGAUCUGAUUGACAAACAUAGUGAAGACAUGCUCUCACACCAGGAGCAAGUGAUUCAAAUGAUGAAGCUUGCAAUGUGGUGCCUGCUAAAUGAUGGUGGUCAAAGGCCUUCCAUGUCAACGGUGAUAAAAGUAUUAGAGGGUGGGAUGAGCAUAGAAACCACUAUUGUUCACAGAUUCCUCAAUACAAAUACAGUCCUGCCCCUGGAAGAUAAUCCGACCGCAUAUUCAGUUCAACCUCAAGCAUCAAUUUUAUCUGGACCAAGGUGA